GCUAUUAGCAUCAUGAUCACUCACGGGUCCCUAAUUUACACACAGAAGAGAGAAAAGGACGACGAUAAUGGCGAUGAAGCAGGCAGCUACAGCAGCGAUUCGAGCUUUUUCUUCCUCUGUACCUUCUCAGUCAUCACCUCUCGUCAGGCACCUUCAUGCUUCUGCAGGGAGCAAGAAGAUCGUCGGUGUGUUUUACAAGGCUAAUGAGUAUGCUGCUAUGAACCCUAAUUUCGUGGGAUGUGUGGAGGGAUCCUUGGGCAUACGCGAAUGGUUGGAAUCUCAAGGGCAUCAGUAUAUAGUCACUGAUGAUAAGGAAGGACUCAAUUGUGAGCUUGAAAAGCACAUUCCAGAUCUCCACGUUCUCAUAACAACUCCCUUCCAUCCUGCCUACGUAACUGCUGAAAGGAUAAAAAAAGCCAAAAACUUGGAGUUGCUUCUCACGGCUGGAAUUGGGUCUGAUCAUGUUGACCUCAAUGCAGCAGCUGCAGCUGGACUGACAGUUGCCGAGGUUACCGGAAGCAAUGUGGUUUCAGUUGCAGAGGAUGAGCUAAUGAGAAUUCUCAUUCUCGUCAGGAAUUUCCUACCAGGACACCACCAGGUUAUUAAAGGUGAAUGGAAUGUUGCUGGGAUAGCUCACAGAGCUUAUGAUCUUGAGGGGAAGACAAUUGGGACCGUAGGUGCUGGACGAAUUGGAAAACUUUUACUCCAAAGGCUGAAACCUUUCAACUGCAAUCUCCUCUAUCACGACCGACUCAAGAUUGACCCUGAACUUGAGAAGCAGAUUGGAGCAAAGUUUGAGGAGGACAUGGAUGCAAUGCUACCAAAAUGCGAUGUACUUGUCAUCAACACUCCUCUAACUGACAAGACAAGGGGAUUAUUUAACAAAGAGAGAAUUGCCAAAUGCAAGAAAGGAGUACUAAUUGUUAACAAUGCUCGAGGAGCAAUUAUGGACACUGAAGCGGUCGUUGACGCUUGUAACAGUGGACACAUUGGAGGUUACAGUGGUGAUGUGUGGAACCCGCAACCAGCUCCAAAAGACCAUCCAUGGCGUUACAUGCCAAACCAAGCCAUGACACCUCAUAUUUCUGGCACCACCAUUGAUGCACAGUUGCGAUAUGCUGCGGGAGUGAAGGACAUGCUUGAUAGGUACUUCAAAGGACAGGACUUUCCUGCUCAAAACUACAUCGUCAAGGAAGGAGAACUUGCCCCUCAGUACCGGUAGUUAGUUUGGUUCUAUUCUCACUGUGCCCUCUGUAGAGGGCUUUGAUUUCCUACAGCUCCCUUUUAGUCGACAAUUAGUUCCCAGAAUAAAUUGGCUGUGUGGGAGCUAACUUGGGCCUUUUAAGUCCGUCAGUAUCUUUGUUAGUCUUUUUGUGUAAUGAAGAAUGAAUGCAUCUCAUCAUAAUGUAAUUCCAUCUGGAAUGGAUAUCUAUGUAUGAGGAUGAAUUGAAUCAUAGUUUUUCUUCU